UGCGUCAUUGUGUGGGGCAGGCAGUUGGUUCUAGGGUAUCGAGCAGCAAGACAGCUUGUGUCCCUGGUCGGCGCAAUGAAGCUGGCACGUGCUUUGGUGCCUGUUGCUGCAUCUCUGGUGAUUAAGCUCGAUGCAGUCGUUUUGGAGGGAAAAAACAAGCAAAGUCUUCCGGACCCGAAUGAGGUCUCAUUGCCUUCAGUGCCCAACGUCGUGGAUGCAGGAAAGACUGGCUUCCCCGAGCUUCCAGCAGUUACAACGAUGUUGUCAGACGCGGCACAAACAUUGACCGGCAUUUCCACACAAGCGCAACGCUUGCAGACACAGAUGAUGCAGGUGCAGCAAGAGAAUGCUGCACGGAUGCAGCGUCAAAAAGCAGUCUUCGACCGCAAGUUGAAGGAGCAGGAACAGAAGAACUUGGAGGUGGUCAAGGAGAAUGCUCUGAUUGCCAAAAACAUCAUGGAUACAAAAAAGGUGAACGAAGACUUGCUGCACCAUGCGCAGUCCAUGCAGAAGGGAAAUGCACUGCGCCACAGCGAGCUCAAGAUGCUUCAGGACCAGCUCGCAGCUGCACAGAAGUUCCUAACAGAGUCAGUUGAGCAGACGGACGACACCAAGGCAACAGACUUGGAUGUGCUCGCGGAGGAAGACGCUUCGCCAAAGGGCCUGUCCUUGCUGGCGCUUUCUUCGACCUCCAAUACGGAGCCAGCGGAGAAAAGCCCGGAGGCUAAGGCCAGCGACAACAGCGAGCCCGAGAGUUUGAUCACCAUGCUGGCUAGUGGCAUCAAGGCAUUGAAGAAGCAGGGGCAGGUUGUGUGGCGUUUGCUUGCUCGGCAUGAUGCUUCGAGAGGCGACUCGUGCGACCCGGUCCACUUCCUCGCCUCCAGGAAGACGGCCAAGCCCUGUGCCAGUUCUGAAGCGCUGCAUACUGGAUCCGAAAUCAAGGAAGCAACGGUGCUGAAGGAGACCCUGGAGACCAUGAAGACUUACCACAACCGCCUGGAUGCGGCUGACAAACACCUGCAGGCCACUCAGACAACGAUGGAUGGUCGACUUCACGAUGGUGGCAUGUUCAUGCAGAAGCUCUCGGAGUUGACCAUGGCGCGCCCCGAGGCUGCAGUCCAUGCCUUGAGCAACUUGGAGCAGGCGAAGAAGUGA